AUGGCCCAGACGCCCGCUGCGCAGCGGAUUGAGGAGGCGAAGUCCGUCGCACCAAAGGAUCCUCCCAAAGCAGAGCAGAUAUACAAAGAGGUUCUCUCUCAAGGCACUGGAAAAACAGAGUCUGCCUCAAGGGACUAUGAGACAGCUUUAGUUGGGCUAGGAGAGCUCUACCGGGAUAACAAGAAGGCUAAUGAGCUAGCUGAGCUGAUAAAAACAAGUCGUGAUGCCUUCUCUUCAUACGCCAAAGCGAAGACAGCCAAGCUGGUUCGGCAAUUGUUGGACCUGCUCGGCGAGAUACCGAACACAACUGAGAUUCAGAUUGCCGUGAUCAAGUCCUCCAUAGAGUGGGCCGUAUCAGAACGACGCUCUUUCCUCCGACAGAGUCUCGAGACCCGCUUAGUGAUGAUCUACAUGCAAAAACAAUCCUAUUACGAUGCCUUGACUUUGAUCAAUUCCUUGCUUCGGGAACUCAAGCGGUUGGAUGACAAGGUCGUUCUGGUGGAAAUUCAGCUCCUCGAAUCCCGGGUCUACCAUGCUCUCGGUAACCAGCCCAAGGCUCGCGCCGCUCUUACAUCUGCUCGGACAUCCGCUUCUGCUGUCUACACACCACCGAUAUUGCAAGCUGGCCUCGACAUGCAAAGUGGAAUGCUGCAUGCCGAAGAUAAGGAUUUCAACACAGCGUUCUCAUACUUCAUUGAGGCUCUGGAAGGUUAUAGCUCUCUUGAUGAUUCCGAGAAAGCGACAGCAGCACUGCAGUAUAUGUUGCUUUGCAAAAUCAUGCUCAACCUUGUUGAUGAUGUGACAAACCUGCUCAGCUCGAAACAGGCAUUGAAGUACGCUAGCACACGUCUCGAAGCUAUGAAGGCUGUUGCCCGUGCCCAUGCGAACAGGUCGCUGGAGGAAUAUGAGAAAGCUCUUUCAGAUUACCGAUACGAGCUAGGAGGCGACGUCUUCAUUCGUAAUCAUCUUCGCAGACUUUAUGACGCAAUGUUGGAGCAGAAUCUGAUCAAAGUGAUCGAACCAUUCAGCCGGGUAGAGAUUGAUCAUAUUGCCAAGAUGGUUGGCUUGGACACUCAGCAGGUCGAGAGAAAACUGUCGCAGAUGAUUCUAGACAAGGUCAUAAUUGGUGUGCUGGAUCAGGGGGCAGGCUGUCUGAUCAUUUUUGAUGAGACAGAGAGAGACAAAGGCUAUGAUGCGGCGCUACAAACUAUCGAAAAGCUCAACAAUGUGGUGGAGGUUUUGUACUCUAAUCAGGCCAAUCGCUCCACCAACCAACGUACCAUCAAUAGUGCUAGUGAAAAGUGCACUAUCUGCCGACAGACGGGGCGACUUAUUCCAGCACUUAUAGAAGCCAUCGCAGCCAUGGCUAUGAACGCUCCGAUGCAACCAAAUUUUCCUCGCGGCUACCCCCAACCUGCACAGCGCUCACCCGCCACACCUCGUCGCGGUCCUCCCGGACCCGGCAUGCCCAUGCCUCAUCCCCAACAAGUUCCCCAUCCUCAAUACUUGGCUGCUGCCCAUCAGCGCAACAUGCCUCAGGUCAACGAGGCCGCCAUUAGGCGCAGCCGAAAGCCAACAGACAAAUUCCUUCCAGAGAGCUUUGAAGACAUCGUUAUAGGAGAUGGGGUGCAGGAAUAUAAACGAUUGCGGGAAUAUGAGAGCCAGCUGGAUGCGUCGAUGGUCAGAAAGAGAAUGGAGAUACAGGAUUCUUUGAGUCGGUCAGUGAAGAGAUACCGAACUCUUCGUAUUUGGAUCUCGAAUACUGUCGAAGGCCAACCGUGGCAGAAAGAUGAGGGCAUCGUUGAGCAGCCGACUGACCCGAAUGAUCCUAACGGCCCGGGAUAUGGACAGUACAAAGUUCGGAUUGAAGGCAGACUGAUCGAUGAUAAUAGCGACCCAACUAUUCCAGCAGAUGACACUGACGAUGAAGAGGAUGACGAGGAUACAGAAGCUAUGCAAGAUGACGGUCAAGACGGAAAGAAGUCGAAGAAAUCAAAACAUCAGCGUCCGCGCCAGAAACUGUCGCAUUUCUUCAAAUCCAUGACCAUUGAUUUCGAAAAGACACCAAACUUGAAAAAAGAGGAGAAUCUUACCUCUAUUACCUGGGAAAAGCCUCAGCUCCCACCUAAUGCUGGAUCUCCACCUGCUAAUGCAGACUUUGAUUCUGUCACAUUCUCACGGGGAGCGCAGUCGAAUCUCAAUAUCACUGUGACCUUGAUCAGAGAUGAGUCACCCGAAAGAUUUAAACUCAACAAAGAUCUCGCUGAAGUUCUUGAUGUGGACGAAGAAUCAAGGAGCGGCGUCAUUCUAGGGAUCUGGGAUUAUAUUCGAUCCAUGGGCCUCCAAGAGGACCACGAAAAACGUCAAGUACGUUGUGAUCAUCGUUUGAGAAAGCUUUUUGGCCGCGAAGCUGUAUUCUUUCCUCAAAUACCAGAUAUCACCAACACCCACACCACACCUCUUGACCCAAUUAAGCUGCCUUACACAAUUCGACUGGACCAAGAAUUUCAUAAUGACCCGACGCCAACUAUUUACGAUAUUCGUGUAGCGGUUGAGGAUCCACUGCGUCAGAAAAUGCUUGCUUUUACUUCUAACCAACAAUACGGAGCGUCCCUCCGCCAAAUCAGCCUGCUCGAUGACCAGCUGGCUCUCAUAAUUCAGGCUGCCAUGCACUCUUAUGCCCGUCAAGACUUUUACACUCAGUUUAGCAAGGAUCCAGCCAGGUUCAUCCGUCGCUGGCACACCUCCCAGCGCCGAGAUCUUGAGACUAUUCUCGGAGAGGCUACUCGCGGCGGCGGGGAGGAUGGCAGUGGACCUGAGUUCAGACGCGGCGGUGAUAAUAGUGCUUGGAAUGCUCCUGUUGCGAGAGAAGCGGUCCGGUACAUGCUUGCAAGACCGGAUCGUUCUAGUGCUUAUCGAUGA